AGAUGAGGGUGAAUAUCCACAGCUGCCUGUUGGCCUUUGUUCUGGGCUGUAACGUCACUGCAGGAAUAAUCCAUGAAAUAGUUGAAGAAAAGACAUGGGUGUCUCUGCGAUGUCCUCACUCUGUGGAGGGAGACGUGACGUGGAGCAGAGAGAGGAAUGGAGACAAAACUGACAUACUGACAGUUAGUGGAGGCAGAGAAAUAAAACACAUACCGGGCAGUCGAUACGGUUCAUUAGCUGAUAAGUCACUGUUCAUUCUAAAAGCUGUCGUCUCAGACUCUGGAAGAUACUUCUGUAACAAUGAAGCAGCUGCAGAUCUGACGGUGAUCCCAUCAGGAACAACUCUAGUCCCUGCUUCAGAGAGGACCAGCAUCACUCUGACAUGUCCUCAUGAUGUCGGAGCAUCACAUGUUCCAACAUGGAUCAGAGACUCUGGUGGAAUACCACUAAGAAGGUUUGAUGUUUCCCCUGUUGACCAGACGUUGACUAUAACAGACGUGCAGCCUGGUGACUCCGGACUUUACUACUGUGAUGGAAAACCAGCUGUUUAUCUGAACGUGACCAAAGGUAACAUGGCACCACGCACAGCAACCACAAAGACAAACCCAACAACCCCGACAACAGCAACAACAACCCCGACAACAGCAACAAUAACCCCAACAACAGCAACAACAACCCCGACAACAGCAACAACAACCCCGACAACAACAAGACAAACAUCAGCAGCACUUCCUCCAACAGAAGCAGAAGUAACAACUGAACCAUCAACUCCACCUCGGACUGAUAAAGAUACGACUACAACAAAUAAACAAAGAAACAACAAGAGGAGAAUAAUCCAUGAAAUAGUUGAAGAAAAGACACGGGUGUCUCUGCGAUGUCCUCACUCUGUGGAGGGAGACGUGACGUGGAGCAGAGAGAGGAAUGGAGACAAAACUGACAUACUGACAGUUAAUGAUUGGAGAGACAUAAAACACAUUCAUGACCCGGGCAGACGAUACCAUUCAUUAGCUGAUAAGUCACUGCUCAUUCUAAAAGCUAACGUCUCAGACUCUGGAAAAUACUUCUGUAACAAUGAAGAAGCUGCAGAUCUGACGGUGAUCCCAUCAGGAACAACUCUAGUCCCUGCUCCAGAGAGGACCAGCAUCACUCUGACAUGUCCUCAUGAUGUCGGAGCAUCACAUGUUCCAACAUGGACCAGAGACUCUGGUGGAAUACCACUAAGAAGGUUUGAUGUUUCCCCUGUUGACCAGACGUUGACUAUAACAGACGUGCAGCCUGGUGACUCCGGACUUUACUACUGUGAUGGAAAACCAGCUGUUUAUCUGAACGUAAUCAAAGCUAUUCUUCCAGAGACUCCUUAUCCGUGGCAGAUGUGUGUUCGUACGGUGAUCGGAAUCCUCUAUUUAAUCAUCAUGAUCAGCAUCACCGUCACCACCUGGAGGAAAGCUCGACAAACAGAAGCGACACACAGCAGAAACAGGAAGUGAUGUCUGAUCCUCCAUCAUGCAGCAACAAGAGUAAAAACUCAACUGUCAUCAGCGUUCGUCCUCAUUCAGUCCAACAGAAACCAGUCCUCCUGCUGCUUUCUACACCAUGACGACUACAGAAACUACUGUUACUUCUUCUACCAUUGAUGUUCUGCAGCAACUAGAACCAAACGGGGGAAACAAUGUAAUAGUUGAACUGUAAUGACCUGUUUGUAUAAUAGCCUGAAAAAAUAAUGGACAAAACCUCCAGGCCUAAAAAAGUGAAGCCAAAGACGAAGUGAAUUAAAGCUGCAUUCUCUCUAAUUUCCAGCAGGGGGCGACUCCAUAAAUGUGGGCCUUUUUUUUGAAGAAAUAUAAAAGGUUUGUCUAUAUAGUGUACAUUAUGAUUAUUUUUGCACUGGCUGACUCCAGAUAUAUAGGAGAGGAGUUUGUAUAAUAGCCUGAAAAAAUAAUGGACAAAACCUAAAAAAGUGAAGCCAAAGAUGAAGUGACUUAAAGCUGCAUUCUCUCUAAUGUCCAGCAGAGGGUGACUCCACUGGCUCUAAAAUGAAGUCUGUUUCUACAGAAGUCUAUGAGAAAAUGAGCCUAUUUCUUACUUUAUUUGAUUAUAUCAGUAACCAUUUUCAUAGAGUUUAUGGUCUCAAUUGCUAGUCUCAAGUCUUCUUCCAUACAGCAUGAUGUUCAUUUAGUAAAUUAUGGUCCCAUUUAUUUUAAAAUACACGAUAAAGCAGAGGAUGCUUUAGGACCUGCCAAUCAGGACAGAGGCUUAGCGAUGCUAACCAUGCUAACACUGUGGACGUUAAAAUAGACCUGAGCCUGUUUUUAGGUGUUGUCAGUGUUUUCAUCUUAAUCUCUGACCCUCUCACUGUGUGUUUUCAUUUCAUGCCUUUUUUCAGGGUCUUUGAGCAAUAAAUUCAAACUCUUAUAUCCAAAGAUUGAUCCAUAAUUUAUGAAUUUUCGGGUUAAUAAUAAUGUUUAU